UGUUUCCACACUCUUUCGUAUUACCUAUUUACAGUGAUUGUAAAUGUCUAGCUCAUAUUUACGAUAUACAGUCCUCUUUGGCGGACUGAUCUUAUGCACAGAUGAACAGGGACUUGACUGAAUCCACCAGCUUUUCAUCUAACACUUCAGAGACCAACAGCCGCUCGCUUUUGUUCGCGAAAUUCUUAUGCCCACUGUCGGCCAUCGGAAAUGACUUCGCCAGCCAAGACGAAGAAGUUUCUCUGUUGUCAGGAUUCAGGUAAAUUUUCUCCGAUUGAUGUCUUAUUGUACUUAUGGUUGGUUAGAUAAAAUUCUUUUACAUCUGACGGAGCUAACAAAUUAUUAAUCGGCUCGAAAAUUUGCCUAAUAGAUAAUUUUUAGUAUUUCAGAUUUCAAACCUUGAUCUUUGUGACAAGAGAAUAAGCCUUUGAAAAUUUUAAAAUACUUGUUCUCAGUGAUUAACGCUGUUCUACAUUUCACAUUCAGGUAUCGAUAUAUAAAAAGCUUAACUCCUUUUACUCCGAUGUAUUUCAGUGUUCAAUUUCUUCUACUCUGUAUUAAAUAGAAAUGCCGAUAGAACAUCAUUACAGUGUAAUAGCAACACGCCAGCUUGCGUGGCGUACUCGCUGCACGCGCGCGACUUUUGGAAAGGCAUGGAGAUUAGCGGCUAGAAAAUCAGUGUAAUGAAAAAGUCAUAAUUUAUUUCAAUUAUACGUUGGUGAUUUUAGGAGAAAUUAGGGCGAGAGCGUAAAGGUGAUUUUUCUUUUUCCGGUAAGUGGCACCUGAGUCUUCAGAAAGGGCAGCUGAGGAAGAAAAAGUCCAGAGGGCAUUUAAUUUUAAAAUUAAUUCCGAGUCGACAGCAACGCCUCAAAUUUCUAUGCAAGGAACUCCAAAAAAACAAAGAGCAUUAAACUUUUAUUCGAACACUGGCAUUUUUGCAUACGCAAAAAAGGUUUCACUGUACAUCGAAUAACGAUCAGCAGUAGUAAAGCUAGCCAAAGGAAGUCAGUAUAAACGGGAAGGUUGUACAGUGCAAAAACCAAGAGAACAUUUUUUUUUCCUUCAGUAUAUCUUUGUUUUGUCGAUAUGUUGACAAUAGUUUUAUAGUGUUUCAAAUCAAAUCAAAGUUUGGUUUCCAAACGGUUCCCGUAGUCAAAAUACUCAUAGAUAUUGUGAAUAUAUUAGUUAUACGAGACAUGCAUGUGGAAAGGAAAGAUGUUGUGGCAGGAAUAUGUACAUGUAUGUUCUUGCUGCACUGCGAUGGGUCACAACUUACUUCCGGUAUUAACGGCCUGCAAACAUCACUUGCCAGCGGAUACACUCAUAAAGGUUGAUCCUGUUCAUUCGUCCAUAUUGGAUCGAAGACAAAAUAUCAUCAGGAAAUUGGCCUUGUUCGCGAUCUUGAUUUCUUUGUGCGAAAAAAUGUAAUCUUCGUUUAAUCAAAGAUGGGCGGAUAAGCCAGCUUUGUCAAAAAAUAUGAGUGAAGCUGCUAAAGAGCGCGUGAUAGCGCUAGGGACACAAUUCAACACAAUUGAACACGAAGUUCCCAGUCUUGAGGAUUCUCCCGUAGUGACGUUUGAAACUGGCAGCCCAAAAAAGUCCUUUUGGAAGAGGAACACAAGUAAAUUGCCUGGAAGGUAUUGUCGUUUUUUAUUUGAGAGGCAUCGGCAAUUUCUGAAGCCCUUGUGUUGACUUAAAUGUGCUUUUUAAACAGUAUUAAACCCGCACAUGGCGGACAAGAUUUACUCUCUUCUUCAACAAGUGUUACCGCAGUUCAUGGGCAAACAAGGUUAGUUGAGUGUUUACGUUUCAGGUCAAAGUAGGAGCAAAGUAAUAUUUCUAGCGAGUUUUGGAUCGCGAUGGCAAAGAGAGAGAGAUUACAGAUUUUUGUACUCGUGUUGUAUUGUCGCUGAGAAAGUGAGUUUCUUGUUUACUUGAAAUUUAUUGGUGUUCGGCGAACUAGCACUCAAGUAUUUAAGCUUAAUACUUGUUUUGAUUUUGAUGAUGAAUGCUAAAAGAUAACAGUAAAAUGUACAUAGCAAUGCGUUAAAUGGUUCUCAGAAGAUCAGACAAUAACAAUUUGACGAUUUCUAUUGUUGAAAGUUGUUGCGAUGUACUUCAAUUUAUUAACUGGGAGGCUUAUUGACUAUUAAAUGAUACCAACCGUUCCUGUAGAGCGAAUAGAUAGAGAAAACCGUAUCUCGUAACCUUCCAACUAAUAAUAACGCUGUUUAUAACUAACUGUAAAAAUGAAUAUUUGAAAAGGAUCAUAUUUAUAUUGCUUUAAAUACAUUUCAUAAUUCUACUGUUUCCGUCAUCAAUGAUAUUUUUUUAAUAUUGUACCGUAUGAUUUUGGUGAUAUUUAAGCUUAAUUUUUUUCCAGUUAGUCUUCUUUACGUUAAAAGAUCUGUGUAUGAUCUAGAGGAUAUGUCAUUGUUGCUUUUAAAUGAUGUUUAAGAAUUAUGAUAGUGUAAUUAUAAUUACAAAGACAAAAAUAAGAGACAAGGAAACCACAAGAAUAUUCUUAAGGCUUGUAGUAACGCAUCCCAUCUGCUAUGUACAGAAAUUUUUCUUUUCCAUUUUGACCAAGAAACAAGACAAUCAUAUUCAGAUAUUUUACACAAUAUUACUUUGCUAUGUCAAAAAAAAUUUCUUUUGAAGGACAGUAAACAAAGGGAGGGGGUAAUGAGCUGGAACUACAAGGAGUGUGGAUGGACUGGUUGAUUUUUAUGAUUUUAAGAGGGGUGGGGAAGGGGCUUGGGCAGAGAUUGCCUGACCAACCUUACGUGAUAAAAGACUUGCAUCAUGCUUUUGAAAAGGUGCACAUGUUGAUUAGUUGUUGCUACACAAUGUUACUGCCGCAACAAAUGAUUUUGUUUUGCACCCCCAUGGUGAACUUAAAGUCAGUUCCUCUUUAUAAUGAAAGAGAAAAAGAAGAAGUGUUAUUGUGAAAAUUCAAGGUUUUGUAAGUGUGCAAGGUAAAAUUAGGAUUGAAUUUAACUAUUUGGUAAGUAUUUCUCCUUUUUUGGGGGUGGGGGGGGGGGAAAUAUCUAGAAAUUAAAUGCUGGAAUUCUGUUUCAAAAUUUAAGAGGGUAUAUAUAGGGUGGAGGGCUGUUGGGUUCCCUAUUGAAAAAACUUGCCUUCACCAGUGCUGAUACAGUUACUGUGAUAAUAGAGAAAAGUGAAACCACCCCUUUGUUACCAUAGUGAGGAUUAUGAAAUAAUUUACUUGUUUUUCCUAAGCUGAAUCUGCCUUCAUAACAUUUUUAUUGUUUCAGUGUUCAUGGUAAGGUAAAACCUAAACCCCUAAGUUUCCAAGAAUUCAACAACGAAACAAGUGAUGCCUGGGGUGAAGAUGACGAUGAUGCCAUUAAGGUGGAUCCCGAGGAGAAAAAGAAUGCACUGUCCCAGUCUCGCGUCCGUACAAUCAGUGGGGGUGACGUCAGGGAAAGCAUUCCUACUAAUGUGGCCAAGGAAACAAAAAAGCUUCCAGAACAGUUAGUCAAAAGAGAAGAAAACAAAACAUCAAGACCUUCUCCACUAAGUCUACUAAGUAAGAAGCAUAGACUCUUCCUUGAUCAUUGAAGCAUCUGAGUCUUCUUUACUUUUUUUGGAUAGUCAGGGUGUUUAUUAGGCAUCAGAGAUUGGAGAAUUCUCUGUUUGCUACACAGGAUUCUCCAGCUAAUGUGCAAUAGCCUAUGACUGUUUUUUAUUCAGACAUGGUGCUUCUUUCACACUAUUCUCCUGUAACGCUACACCUUUCUCCCAGGCCACUAGAAUUCUUAAUUAAAACCCUGAAUAGUUAAUAAGUGAAGUAAAAGAUUAAAGUCAGCCCCCUCCAAGAUGGACAUCUUUGGAGAAAAUCAUGACUUAAGUUUAUAACCAGUAUCCAAAUGUACAUUAUGAUAGUUUGAUUACAUUUUUUUUACUAGUCUUGUUAUGAGGUAUUAAUGAGUUUGGAAAUACUUAUGGUAGACCUAACAACAUUGAGCAAUGCAAACUUUCCACCAUUGAAAUGCGACUGCUCACCUUUGCAAGUCACAUUGAAUGAAAGUGGAUCUCAGUGUCAGUAUCGGGCGUUCAUACUUCAUACUCGAGAUCACUGUAUGCUUAUUUAUUUUUCAGCACGGCACAAGAAUCAGUCAUCUUCAAAAUCAUCAGCUCACUCCCCACCACCUCCCCCUGUGCAGCCGCCUAAGCCUCCGUCUCCCAUUAGAGCAGUGAAACUGGAAUUUCAAGAUCAAGAAAUCCAUAAACUUGAAAAAUUUGGCAAGCUUCUGGCUGGUCCCAACACCGAUCUAGGCAAGAAUAUAAUAUUUUUACAUACUGUUACAAUAUUGUGAUCAUUUGUUGAUCUUGGCUUUUACAUUUUCAGAGGCCAUACGGAAAUUGAGUUGGUCAGGUAUUCCAGUCACUGUACGCCCAACAACUUGGCAGCUACUAUGUGUAAGUUUGUUGAGUUGUAAUUGGCUCUUAUGCUAUAUAUUGUAUGGUUUCUUCAGCAAAGCAACCCUCCCAAACUGUUCCAGUAGUCUCCCAGAUACUGCACAAAUCUGCCCUUCCCCAUACAGGUCACCAACUUUCCUAAAGAAAAUUCAAUUUUCUACUUCUCUGUGCUUAAGGUUGGAAUUAACCCCUUUGUUAUAAAAAUUCAUAGUAUCAAUGGUUUCUGUGGCAGUUUUGAACAUAUUUUUUCAGUGACAAGACAAUUUUGUGGUGUACCUGUAAGACUUCAGAUGUCCUAAGCCUCACCCAUUGGACCCGAGUCGAUUUGUGUUUUAAAAAUGGGGUUGGGUGCUUGAUGUUGGCAGUAUUGCAAAAGAGAAUCUUCAGUUUUUAGAUCUCCAGAGGUUAGCAUCUCUAAUUUUUAUUUCAAUACUUUAUCAUUAGGGCUAUUUACCAGCAAAUAUUGACAGAAGGCAGUCAACAUUGGAUCGAAAGCGUGAUGAGUACCACAACUUUGUAAAACAGUAUUAUCCUACAAGAUAUGAAGAUACAUAUCAUGACACAUUUAGACAGGUAUUAUUGAAGAUUACAUGUGUGUAUUUUGUUCUAUCCUCAUUUUAAUUGUAAAAGAUAUCUAAUUUUGUUGCUUGGUUUUUUUCAACAGAUUCAUAUUGAUAUUCCAAGGACAAAUCCUCUCAUACCACUUUUUCAGCAACCCUUAGUACAAGAGGUAAGGAUAUUUUCUUUGUUAAAUGGUAAAAAUAUCCUACUAUAUCUUGUGCUUUGUUCAAUCGGCCAUUUGCCUGACGAUGUCCUUUUACUACUAAGACCAGAAUUUUUUAAUUCCAGUGAGGUUUAAAUAGUAAAAGCCCUAAUUUGCACAAGAAAGCAAAACCCUGAAGGAUUCUGGCAGUAGUAGUAGAAUGGCACUAUCAUGCAAUGGCCUUAAUUAUGUACAGUGAUAAUCUUUGCACAUUAUUAUUAUUAUUGAUAAAGCAAAUACAGUACCAUUCAAAAGUGAGUUGAUGGUCCAUUGCGAGUCUCAAUUCUUGACUCGAUUCUUACAUGGCCAUGAAAAUGGCAUGUAAGGCAUUCAUAUGCAGUGUACAAUACAAAUAAGAAAAAAAAUCAACAGCAAUCAAUUGACAGACUUUGCCUAGUGUUCUGUAAUGAUUUACCAGUAUACAGUAAGUGGGGAUUGAGAGUCAUAGGAGAACAGCAUGGCAGUUUAAUACCAUUACCCCCCACCUCUCAUGUGCAUUUCUCUUGUCUUGUGCAUGAGUAUUGUGUAGAAACAGCAACUUCACACAUGUACACACAGGAAACCCAAAGGAGUGUAGGAGUGUACCUUCUUGACUACCUGCACAGUCUCAACACAAUCUUGUUUGUUUGCCGUUUACAAAUGCCUACUAAUAGUUUGCUUAGUUUGUCCCAAAAGUGGUUUCUCUCUUAAUAGGAGCUCCAGUGUAAGGGUUGCCUAAAAGUGCAUACCACUUUUGUUGCUUUAUAGAUAUUUGAGAGAAUUUUGUACAUCUGGGCUAUCCGCCAUCCUGCCAGUGGUUAUGUCCAAGGAAUCAAUGACCUGGUCACGCCCUUUUUUGUGGUGUUUUUGUCUGCGUAUGUAGGUAUGUCUAUACUCAAAAAGCACGAGAUACCUUAUUGCUUUGUGAAUGGUUUGAGUCACAAAUGUCACUCAGCUCAUACCGGCAUUUGCAACCAGUUCACAUGUGACCACUUAUCCAAAAUACCAAAAUUACUUUCUCAGUCAAAUACUCCAUUUGGAAGUUCGCUUCCCUGAAUGGAUUGGAAAUAAACAUUACUGUACACUACGUUGUAUUGAUUUAUUUUAUGUAUUUUCUAGAUGGUGAUUUAGAGAACCAUGAUGUCAGCCAGUUACCUAAAGAAACUCUAGAUAUUAUAGAGGCUGACAGCUUUUGGUGUAUGAGCAAACUUUUAGAUGGUAUACAGGUAUGUAACGCCACUUAAACAUUUACAGAAUUCCUGUCAAUGGCACUAAUUGGCUCCUCGGGGUGGAGUUAUGCAGUUUCUUUACCUGUAUCGUAGAAAAAAAAUUGUCAGUUCAUUUUCGAAGUUUAUGCGGUCAGAUUUUGUCGGUGCAGACUUUUUGAAAAUACUAAUCUUCUUCUAGGUGCGAUAUUUUGCCACUAAAUUUGGAUUGUUUUUUUUUCUCUUACAGGAUAAUUACACAUUCGCACAGCCAGGAAUUCAAAUGAAAGUAAAUGCUCUUAGAGAGCUGAUUCAGAGAAUUGACGGUGAGCAAGUUGGAUCAUUAAUUUUCAAAGUUGCUCCACGGUUGUGCGGGAACCAUCCACAAACUUAAAUUUACAUUUAUUAGGUGAACAAAAGUCUUGGAUGCAGGCUAGCUGGCUUUAAAUGUUGUCAUGUUUUACCCAGAUUUUGUUGACCUAAAAUUAUAAAACGGUUUCCAGAAAAUAGAAACAGAGGCACGUUAUGCAGUCGUACAUGAGGGAAUUGAAAUAAUUCGAAAGGUUGCCAACCAUUGGUGAAUAAUUUGGAGGUGCUCGUGGCUUUUCAAGGCUUUAUACCCGGACAUCUUACUAAGGUUAAAAGGGGCAGAUCAUUAAAGACGAUAAUAGUUUUCGUGUUGUGAAAAGAAAAAUUGGGAGCUUAAGCAAGAAACGUUGACGGCAGCGAGGACGACAAAAGAGGAAUAGGUUGAGAUUAGCAAAACAACAACUUUGCCGUUGUUGCACGACUACGACGUGAAAAUACCUAAUUUCACGUUUUGUGGAGGAUGCUUCGAUACAUUCCCGAGAAUUCCUCUCCAUAAAAAUACAUGUUUUUGUACGCUAACAUUUGUCGAAUUGAAUGAGAUGGAAUAAACUCGAUAAAAUUUGAAGCAGCGCGAAUUCACGUUUUAAGUGGCUUAGCCGUCGUUGUUGCUUAAGCUCACCUCCUUACGACUUUUUCUUCCUUUGCAGAACCACUCAAUGCUCAUCUAGAAAAAAAUAACGUGGAGUACCUGCAAUUUGCCUUCCGGUGGAUGAACAAUUUGUUAAUGCGAGAAAUGCCGCUCAGAUCUACGAUACGACUCUGGGAUACAUACUUGGUUUGUACCGUGGUUUCUUUUGGAUGUUAAAAGUACUUUCGUAAAUGCUUUGGUUUUCUGUUGUUCGCUUUGUGAUUGGCUUAAAAAUCACGCGCCUUUUUCUCGAUUUUUUCUCGACCAAUCAGAUGUAAAACCGCAAGAAAUUGUGACGUGCUCACACCACACGGGUUUUCUCGCGCUCGGUAGCAGCUGCAUGUACAUGUAUUUGAAUGCGAUUGGCUCAUUUAAAUGCUUGGGUAUUUUUGAUUGGCCAGAGGGUAACUCUGCGUUUGGAUGGUUUUGCGUCACAAAGACGUAUAUGUAUACACACGAAUGAACCGAUCAGAAUUUGACGCAAAUUUAUGUACCUGCUACCAAGUUCACCCUAGGAAAAUAAGUUUUGGACUCACUUUUGAUUGGUUAAGGAAAUACGGCGAUGCAGUUUGACACUCAACAAAAGCAGCAACCCGAGGGACACUUAAACUGAAAAAUUACCUUCACUGCUUUGUUGAAAUCAUUCUGUAAUUAAGAGGAACUUUUUUUUACAUUGGUAAACACUUAUGACUCCUGAAGUGUGUAACAGGGAAGAAGAAAACUUACUAAGCAUGUCUGGGCCAUUUUUUUAAUCAUGUACAAUAGGAACGCAUGCCAAAUCAUUUCUCUGUCUUGUUUCUCUUGAUUUCAUAGGGCAAAAAAGUAAUUUUUUUUAUUUUAUUUUACCAGUCUGUAGAAAAUGGAUUUGCAUCUUUUCAUCUGUACGUUUGUGCGGCGUUCCUGAAGAAUUUUUCUCAAGAAAUUAUACAAGAAAAUGAUUUUCAGGUUUGUUUGUUUGUUUGUAUUUCACUUGUUCGCAUUUUGUACUUGUCACGUUGCAAGACGUCUUUUUCUCGAUUGCAUAUUAUAGGGAGCUUAAUCAACUGCGACGACGACGACAACUUCGAAAAACAAUAAGUUUAAUGAUCAAAAUAACAGCUCUGCACGUGCAUCACACUUUUUAGUACAUUUCUUUGACGUUCACCUCACGACUACGACAUGAAACCUCCUAAUUUGACGUUUUAUGGAGGACGUGGACAUACGACGACGAAUUUUCCUUCCUCUUUUUGAACUUGAAUAAAAUCCUUAAGAAUUCAGCUCCAGGAAUAGUCGCCUGCAUUUGACAUAUUGAGCUGGUCCAAAUAGACGCGAUUAAGUUUGAAAAAAGGCAAAUUCAUUUUUUUAGCGACUUUUUCACUGCCGUCGUCGUCGUGCUGUAGUAGGGAGUUUAAGAUCCAACGACGCGGACGACGACAAGAACGUCAAAAAAACAAUAGGUUUUAUAAACAAAACAACAGCUUUGCACGUGCAUCACACGUUUUUUGUACAUUUCUUUCCCGUUUUUGCACGAAUACGACGUGAAAAUGCCUAAUUUCGUGCUUUAUAGAGGACGUAAACAAGCAACGACGAAAUUUUAUUUCUCUUUCUGAGCUUGGAUAUGGUCCCUUGAAAUUCAGCUUCAGGAGGGUUCGCCUACAUUUGACAAAGUAAUUGGGUACGAAUAAUCGCUAUAAAGACUGAAAAAAAGCAAACACACUCUUUUAAGCGACGUUCUCGCGGCCGUCGCGUCGUUGGAUCUUAAAGUCCCUAAUCACAUUUCACAGCGAGGGCAACGUGCGCAAAAUCGGGAUAUGCUCUCACAACUUGCUUCUUGCAUGUGCCCCUUGGGUAUCGCCUGCACAAUCGAUUUGAUUUGCUAGGUGAAAUUUGUUUGUACUCCAAGUAUACUAACGCAAUGGCUUUAAAACAAGACGGCGUGCAUUUCACUCCUUGUCCUAAACACGAUCAUAAAAUUGAGGGUGGGUAUGUAAUUUAGAAUUUUUUUUUCCUAAACACUUAUACCCAAAUAUGGUCGAGUACCCCUCCCCCCGGGUUUACCCGAUCCCCUCACCAAGAACAUAACAUCCCAGCUCUCAAACUCGGUAACUCGGUGAUCGACCUCAAAAAUCGCCUGGGACUUUGAACAGUCAAAGUCAUAGUUGAUCUUAUACUUCAUUCCCUUUCUGUCACCAGGGCUUAAUGCUGUUACUACAGAAUUUACCAACAAGCAACUGGGAUGAUCAGCAAAUCAGUCUCUUGCUAGCGGAGGCUUACAGACUUGAGUACAUGUUUAAAGACGCUCCUAAGCAUUUACAGCACGUCUCAUGAAUGAAUCAGUCCAUUAUAUAAUGUAAAUGCAGGAAACACGUUCAUUUAACAUCGUUCUCCGCUUGCGUGACAAGCGACAUGAGUAAGCGCAGCGCUUCAUUGUGGUGUAACGGUAGUUCGUGCUCAAAGCAAGAAAAAUACGCAUGCGCAGUAACGUUGCACAUUUGCGCUUUUGACACUGGUUCUCGUAAAUGAUGAAUGAGAGAAACAAGUGUCCGUGAGGGUUAACGUUCACGUGAAUUGUUUCUCGUUUGCGCUUGAGCUUGUCACGCAAGUGCGAUGGAUUUAGGCGUAUUCGUUCACAGUCGAUCUCGUUACCAAAAGCCGCUCGUUUCAACGAACCGAAAGUCUUGAAACCGUUUCAGUUGGUAUCAUGUGUUUAAACAAAUCAAUUGGUAAUACCAAAAGGUGACUCACAAUAGGCUGAAAAAAUGAGUUGGUGGUUGAAGCUUGUAAACAUACAUUCUUUGAAGGAAGCAGUUCGUACUGGGGCGAAUCAACGUACCUCUGGUCACAAGGAAGCAGUUCAUACUGGGGCAAAUCAACCUACUUCUGGUUACGAUGUGUCAGUCUGAGAGGAAUCUGUGUAGUUAAAUUGUUUAAAAGUAUUCUUUCAACGUAUAAAUUCAACUCAUGGUUUCGCAUACACGUAUUGACCAAUCAGACGAACUGCAGAACAUCACGUGAUAUUUUAAGACCACGUCAGACGUGGUGCUAACGUAAACUAGUUUGACGUCGCAGUUACAAAGGACUUGUGGGAUUAAGGCUUUUUCUGUAUAUAUUCCUUUAGAAUAAGAGAAUACUUAAGGCACCACGAAAGGUCUCUUUUCUUUUGUCAGGAUCAUAUAAUAGAGAGUGCGUGGAAAUCUCUUGGCUCGAUUUCCGCCGUCUCCCGGGUCAGGUCUUUGAUCCUCCCCGAAGAAAGAGGGGGUCACUUGAUUCCAUCCACCAAACUGACAUCCUCCUCUCACAAGACAUUUCACUUUUCUUAUAUGAAAGUUCUUGAUGAAAUGUUCAUAAAAGUCAAAGUGUCUUCAAUUUUUCUUCCCGAGGAUUGAAUGACGAAUACCUGUUUGAUUUAAAUAUAUAACCCUAACCCUAACCCUAACCCUAACCCUAACCCUACUUUGUGUACGAAUCAUUAAUGUGUCAACGUCAGUUUGGAGGAUGGAAUUAAGUGUAGGCCGAAGAAAGAUGGGGGAUGAGUGCGGGCUCAUUUUCCCGAACAGCGGCUGGUAAUCGAGCCUAGGAAAUCUAGUCUGAGAAAACUGAGGGGUAGAGCAUUGGAUGAGGGAUAAAUAAGACAAUUGUUUACGUAGAGCAUGUGAACGCGUAUGAUGUGAAAAAAAAAGAAAGAAAAACUGUAUUUUUGUAAACAACACAAAUGACUUUAAAAUUUUAAUCCUGUUAUAGACUCCUCCUGGCUUCAAAAUUGACGUCUUCAAUGUUCUUCCGCGGAUAAUCCUUCGACUUGAAUUCUAUUGUCUACAUGAAAACUAUGGAACUCGUGUAUAAUUUAAAUCGCCUGUGGC